GUUCUUUAUGUACCAACAAGUAUUAUUAAAUAGCCGAUACAGGAGCUUUGAUGAAGCGAAAGGAAAUUUCACUACGUGGUCAGGAAGGUAUGCUGAACUCAUCCAUCCUACUGAAAAUCCUUCGGUAGAUCUUGGCAUUGUUGAGGAGGAAUUUGAGGACGAAACGCAUCCAGAAGGCGAGUGGUUAGAUGAAUGGAUGCAAGCAUCUGCAAUGACAUCGAAUUUCAGGGCAUUGGAGGACACUGAUCUGGGAAGGCGCGACAUCGAUAAAAACCAUCUAUGGUCAAGUAGAUUACUGGACAACCUUACCAUUCACGAGAAGAUAGGAUUCAUUAACACCUUACGACAAGCCGUGCAAGAUACACACGAUUCUGGUUCAAGUACUUCUCUCCCUGCUCUGUCAAGACAACAACAAGCCGCACAUGAUCUUAUUCUUGAUUCUUUGAGGUCGAAUUCAACUAUUAGGUUGAUUAUCAGUAGAGGGGAAGGAACAGGAAAAUCAACACUCAUAAAUGCCAUUGUUCGGUCGACAAGGGAACUUUUCAGCAACGACAAUGCUGUUCGUAUCAUGGCUGGCUUCUACCGGUGUAGCCGCAUUCAACAUUGGAGGGUCGACUAUUCACCACGAACUCGGCAUCACAGCAGAUAAAAGCCAGUCGUACAAGAAGCUGGAGGCAGAACGAUGUAGACGAAUGCAGGUAGAUUUCAAAUAUACGAAGUUGAUUAUUAUCGAUGAGUACAGCAUGAUCGGCAGAAAGAUGCUUGCAUAUAUCGAUCUUCGAUUAAGGGACAUUUUUGGAACCAAAGAAUUUUUUGGGAAUAUUUCUAUUGUACUCAUCGGUGAUAUGUGACAACUUCCACCCGUUUUUGAUACACCCUUAUAUGCUGAAGGCGGACGAGAGUUACAACUGACAGGUAAUCUCUCUUCCUCUGAGUUUGAACAAUGUGCUCACCUUGAACAAGUUUUCCGGCAGUCUGGAAUUGAGGAGUCAGAAUAUAGAGAAGCUUUGUCGAGAUUAAUUGAUGGCAAGUCCAUUGUUACCGAUUGGAAUCUGUUUGCCACUAGGAGCUACGCGACCCUGUCA